AUGUCACAUUCACAAAUACAAACUGAAAAUCGGGAGCUACCCUUGAACCAGCCAAACAACUGGCAAGUCAAGUUCCCUCGUUACAUGGUCGAACUUCCCGAAGAUGUCAAUGACAUUAGCAUCACUUAUAUCGGCAUUCAGCCUCGCCAUGAAGAGAAUCCUGCCAAGGGGAUACAUACCGAGCUCCACGCCCAUGUCACCUCUGCUGUUCAGAGAAAGGUUGGAGCUAUGAUCGAGGACUGGGCUCGGCAAGGAGCUGGAAGCCUUGCGCCAAUCUUGUGGGAAAAAAUGUAUGUCGAAGCUGGCUAUGAUCUUCCAGAUACAGAAAUUUACAUUUGCUAUUGGACCGACAAAGAUGUUGCAGAGGCAGCCACCAGGAGCCUAAAUCUACGACAGCUAUAUAGCUCACUAUUCCCUUCAGAACAAGAAGUCAUAGCCUUAUGGCGAGAGUCAUUAUCAGUUCCAAAAACUCGAAUUGAAACAGUCUACUCUGGAAAUGACUAUCAGCCAGGCAUCGCUUCCAUUCCGGGUGCCGCCCAAGUCGGUCACAAAUUCACCGGAUACUGGGGAGCAGCUCGUGAUCGUUUACCAGCAUCGUCGCAUGACUCUUUUGAGCCAGAGUAUAAACUCGGCACACCAAACUUUGGCAAGGACACCAAGGGCCGUGUCAUUGAAGGAGAAAACAAGGUCUCUGUCGCCCACAUUCGGUCUGGCCAGUUCUGGGAGCGAUGUAAAGACGAUGAAAGAGAGGCGUAUGAGAGCACGCUUGAGCCAAUCCUGAGAGAGGGAAUGACUUUUCUUGAAGAGAAUGCGGAAGAGACGGGCGAUAUUGGACUACGUUUCUCUCGCCACAUGACCAAUGGCCACUCCAGCGACAUCGACAGUCACACCUCCGACGCAGACAAAUUCGGUCUCGCCGUCACAAAAGACCGCCGCAGACUCGAAACAUGCAGCAGCGGCUUCUUCCGAUCCCUCAAGGACAUCGAAGCGUGGUCCUCCAAGCACAAGACGCACCACAAAAUCUUCCACGGCGCGCACGCUCACUCCAUCAAAUUCGGCAAGACGACGUUCAAGUUCCGCUCUUGGCAUGAGAUGUCGACUUUGAAGCCUGGCGAGGUGACGUACGAGUACAUCAACUGUCAUCCGAGGACGGGACUGAUUCCUUUCUUUGAUGUUUGA